GGCUUAACAGGCACAGUUUCCUUCCUUUGAACGGUAAGUGAGCCCAAACGCACGGGUCUCUUUCGCCCCCUCUCUCUCUCUAAAAUCAUCCAAAUCUUCGACGACGGUAUCUCUCUCUCAUUUCCCUCGCCACAUGGCAGCGCCUAAGCAACGCCGAUCGACGUCGCUCAGAGACCACUCCACCGAGUCCGAGAAGAUGGAGGGCAGCGGUGGCUGGGACGACCCCCUUGAUUGGUUCAAGCUCGAGGAACCGCACCCCGUCUCGCGCUCUGUUUCUCGUCAUGCAAAUUACAAGUGUUUACUUGAGGCUGAGCAAGUUAUGGUUGAGGGACGCGGAGUUGUUCUUGUUAAUACUGAUGAAGCUGGUACUUUGUUGGUUACAAAUUUUCGCCUUAUUUUUAUGAGUGAGGGGACUGAAGAUAUUGUUACACUUGGCACAAUUCCAUUGGCGACAAUUGAAAAGUUCAACAAAAUGGUUGUAAAGAAUCAAUCAGCUCCUCGUCAACCAGACAAGACUACGUCACGGCGACUUCUCCAGGUCAUUGGAAAAGAUAUGAGAAUUGUUGUAUUUGGUUUCCGCCCAAAAACAAAACAGAGACGUGUUGUUUUUGAUGCAUUACUGAGGUGUACAAAGCCUUCAAGCCUCUGGGAUCUUUAUGCUUUUACUUGUGGACCUUCAAAAUUUAGAAAUGCUAAUCCAAAAGUGCGGCUGCUGAAUGAGUAUUUUCGUCUUCUUGGAAAAGGCUCUAUGUGUGCAUCAAUGGAUAUGAUUGAACAUGGAUCUUAUACAUUGUCUAACGAGUUGUGGAGGAUCAGUACUGUAAAUUGCAACUAUUCAAUGUGUCAGAGUUAUCCGUUUGCCUUGAUUGUUCCAAAAUCCAUUAGUGAUGAAGAAGUGCUCCAAGCAUCUACCUUUCGUGCCAGGUGUCGAUUACCUGUAGUUUCUUGGUGUCAUCCUGGAACUGGAGCUGUCCUUGCACGUUCAUCCCAACCCUUGGUUGGUCUUAUGAUGAACAUGAGGAACAACACAGAUGAAAAGCUUGUUGCGGCACUUUGCUCUCAACUUGGUGGUGCAAGGGGCCGAAGGAAGUUGUAUAUUGCCGAUGCAAGGCCCAGAAAAAAUGCUUUAGCGAAUGGAGCCAUGGGAGGUGGCUCAGAGUCGUCUUCUAAUUAUUUUCAAUCUGAGGUAGUUUUCUUUGGGAUAGACAACAUUCAUGCAAUGAGAGAGAGUCUUUCUCGGCUUAGGGACUACUUAGAUACUCAUGGCACUACUUCAUCAGAUGGAAUGUCAUCGUUUCUGAGACAUGGUGGUUGGACAUGGGGAGGGGGUAAUCUCAGCAGUAUGUCUGCUUCUGUAUCAACUCUGGGUGACACUGGUUGGCUGAUACAUGUUCAAAGUGUCUUGGCUGGUUCAGCUUGGAUUGCUGCGCGCGUUGCUCUGGAAUCGGCGUCAGUUCUUGUACAUUGCAGUGAUGGAUGGGAUAGGACUACGCAGUUGGUAUCACUUGCUAAUUUGUUGCUUGAUCCAUACUACCGAACGUUCACUGGGUUUCAGGCACUUGUUGAAAAGGAUUGGCUAGCAUUUGGACAUCCAUUUGCGGAUCGUGUGGGAAUGCCAACUGUAUCUGGUAAUGGCAAUAUGCCUUUUGAAUUAUCUCGUCAGUCUUCUGGAAGCUUUUCAUCAUCAACCAUGCGCCAGUCAUCAGGAUCAUUCACAUCCCAAACUCCUAGUUCUUCUCAUGCACAGAACAACUAUUCUCCCAUAUUUUUGCAGUGGGUUGAUUGUGUCUCACAGUUGCUGCGAAUGUAUCCAUUCGCUUUCGAGUUCUCCUCGGCUUUCUUGGUGGAUUUAUUGGACGCAGUACUUUCAUGUCGUUUUGGUAACUUCUUCUGCAACAGUGAAAAGGAGAGGCAGCAAGUUGGUGUCUCUGAAGCUUGUGCAUGCAUGUGGGCUUAUUUGACUGAUUUGCGCUCUCUGGAAGGGAGGUCUCAUUUGCACUAUAACCUUUUCUAUGAUCCACAUAAGCAUGAUGGUCCAUUGUUGCCUCCAGCAGCAGCCUUAGCCCCAACUCUUUGGCCAAAAUUCCAUCUGCGAUGGGCUUGUCCCUCAGAAGCCCAAGCUGGAGAACUUGAAGCUCAGUGUAGGAACAUGUCAAUGAAAUUUUUUGAACUACAGAAGGCAAAAGAAGUGGCAGAAAGAAAAGCUAAGGAAAUGGCUAUAUCCAUGGAAUCAUUAUCUGCAGAAUUGUCAAAUGAGAAGCAGAUCAGUAGCUCUGCAGCGGCCUUGGCAAAGAGGGCCAGCAAGGAAAAUGCAGCCAUAAAAAGAGCCAUCCAGUCAUUUGGAUGCAAGGUUCACUUUGCAAGAAGUGGUGAUACUACUGUGGAUGUUGAAAGCAACACCAGAGAAACUCCACAGAAACUCAUGUAUUCUUCUUCAAGAAGUAAAUCUGAUGGUAAUCUGCGGCAUGAUGAGAAGUCAGAUCUAUCUGUUUCAAUUACAGUAGCUGCAGAAGAUGCUCCCAACAAUUCUAUUAGUAGACUGUGUGAAACUCUAUGCCCGUUACGAACAACAGAUGGAGGUUGCCGCUGGCCAGAAGCAGGUUGUGCUCAACUAGGUAGUCAGUUUGUUGGACUAAAAGCAAACUUUGAUGCGUUUGAUCGGCUUUCUAUUUAUGAUGGUUAUUUUGAGACAGAAUAAAGAAUCAAUAAAAUUUGCCUUAUCCAGACAUAGGUUCAAGGCAUCAAUUUUUGUCAUUUAUUAGUUGAGAUUUAUCCUCAAGAGAAGAUCAUUUAGAUAGAUUGUGAAGCUUAGUUGGAAAAUUUAUGCCAGAUCUCAAGCAAUGAAAGCAUCAAUGCUAGCACAUUAGGAUAGACCCUCUUAUUUCGUACGGGUCUCGGAACCAUUCGCAUAGAGAAUAUAGAGUUAGCUGUAAAGCAUCUUUAGACUACUCAUUCCUGGGUAGCAGAAGGGAAAGUUGGAAGUGUUGCAUUGAAGACCUAAUGUGUGUUACGGUGGUAUAGUUUUUCAUCCCGUUGUUAGGAUAGCAUAUUGCCAUUUGUUAUUAUGAUUUUCAAUUAUUCUAAUAAGAUUAUGAACUGUAUAAAUCAGUGAGCUUUAGCUCAGUGGUAUGGCAUUGUCGGCUAUGUAAUCUCUAGUUUGAGUUCCAGUCACGGCCAACUGUACCAAAACAAGGUAUUGUACAGGUCCCUAAAUAAUUUUAUAGCAAAAGUCUCAUUUAAUUAUUA